AAAAAUACGCAGUAGGAAUCGACCGCAGCCGGUGGAGGACUGUCGCUCCCUCUCUCUGUGCUGGAAGGAGUUUGACAAGCAAACUGAAUUAUGCUCCAGGCGUUUCUGAGGCAUGUCCGCCGCUUUCCGUGGGUCACGAAUGUCACACUGUACGGCUGCCUGUUCGCCGGGGGAGACUUGGUCCAUCAGUGGUUCUCCGCCGGGGACCAGAUGGACUGGAGACACACGCGCAACGUCGCUGCGGUGGCGUUCAGUUUUCACGGGAAUUUCAAUUUCUUCUGGAUGCGUUUGCUGGAGCGCAGGUUUCCGGGAAACUCCGCCGGGAUGGUAAUGAAGAAGCUGCUCUUGGACCAGACGACGGCAGCGCCCCUAGCCACCAGCGUCUUCUACACGGGUGUCAGUUUUUUGGAGGGAAAAGAAGACAUCCUGGAAGACUGGAGGGAAAAAUUCCUGAACACUUAUAAGACUGGGUUGAUGUUCUGGCCGUUCAUGCAGUUUCUGAACUUCGCCCUGGUGCCUCUGUACGUGCGGACCACCUUCACCGGCUGCUGCGCCUUCGUCUGGGCCGCCUUCCUCUGCUUCUCGCGUCAGACUGGGGACGGCACAGCCGGAGCUGCUCUGGCAUGGAUGUUCCCCCCGAAAGACGAGGCAGCUGAACCUGCCAAAGACGAAAUAGAGUCGGAGCAAAAGGUGGAGGAAACGGCAGCAUCCAGGCCUGCAUAAUAUGAGUACUGGAAGUUGUUUUGUCAGGAGGAGAUAAUGGAGGAUAAAAACUGGAUUCAUCAGGUCCAAAGGACAGCAUUUCAGUCCUGUUUCUACUUUCUCAUUGUUUUCAAAAACACUGCCAGACCCGUAAACCGAGGUCUCCCUGAUGCUGCAAACCUCCACCAGCUUGUUGAAAGUGUUCAUAAAGCACAGUAAUAGAAAUACAGCAAGUCAAAAAAUAUGAUCUAAUCUUACUGUGCAUUACGCUGACCUGUCAGCAUGUUUUUAGAUUUUAUUUAACCAGGUUAGCACCGGUUAUUGUGUUCCACCCAGUGCUUAGCUUAAGUAAUCUAAAAAUACUGAAAAUACUCAUGAGCAUGUCUUCAGUUUUUAAUGAUAAAACCCGAUGUGCAACAAGACAUCAUUUCCACAUUGCAGAGUGGGAUCUAAUUGAUUUGAUCGAAACUUUCAAUAUCUUAAAACAAAGGAGAUUACAGCCAGUGUUUAUCAGCUUUGCUUCUGUGAUCUGUUGGGGUUUCAGUUCACACUGUGGUACAUCAACCGGGUCAGUUAGGAAAUCUGUUUUUAUGUUUAUAAUUCAAGAAAUGCGGGGAAAUUUCAAAAUGGACAUCAGUCGCAUCAGUUUAAUUUCCCUUCCAGUAAUUUAUAGUUCCUGUAUUCGGAGCAGCAGCAGCAGCACAUUCCAAGAAAAGGUUGGGCUGUGGUGGCUUUUACCACAUUAUGCUAACAUGUCUGGCAUUGAGGCUUGCAGCUGAGGCAGAAUUUCAGAGGGUGCUCAUUAAUGUCUCUGGGAAUCACAGUUUAAUAUGCACAGUGGUAGGGGCUUACUUUUUAUUUCAUAUUUCCCUUGACUUUGAGAUUUGUUGUGGUUUCAUUUCUUCUUUGGUUCAUCUCAGGAUCUUCUGGUCCAAGUAAAGCAGACAGUAAAUCUGAACAAGUUUGACAUGCAGCUGUCAGCAUUUGCUCCUUGUUGGCUUUUCCAUACAAUUUUUAUUUAUUGUGCUGUUUUUCUUGACUAACAUUUUCCGAAGCACCCCCACAGACUUUCAUGGUUUUUAUGCAGUGAAGUCUUCAAGUGGCAGAAUUGUGUAUUUUCCAGGCACAUGCUGCCAUUUUACAGUCAAGUAACUAUGUUACCUUCGAUUUUUAUAAAAAUGCUUUAUAUAUCAAACAUAGCUGAAAAGAAAUUUGACUUCGCAAUGUGAUGCCUUGAAAUUUCAUCUCUGCCUCUUUAAGAAACUCCUACUCUUUCCGACACUCCACUUUCAGCACAUUAUUACAACAACGCUUCUCCAUUAUGCUGUUUACAACCAUUCUCAGCAGCAUUCCACUGAGAAAUCAUUUGCGUGAUGAGCUCAGCAGCCACGCAGUUCCACCAGGUGUUUGCUAAUUGCUGCUGCCGCUAGUCUGAAGGAGCUGAAUGGGCUCUCCUGAGUUGCCCAAUGCAGACGUUGAGUUAAUUUGCUCCUGUUCUGUUGAUUCAUGUGAAGACUAUACUGGAACCUUCUACACUCACAAGGUUUAAAUUCUGUAUUUUAAAAAGGGAUGAUUGUUGAGAUUAACCAGUAAAUCACAUUUAUUAUGUCAAUGCUUGCCAUGGCUUGAAUUGUGCCAAGAGAGUGAAUGUCAAAGACGAGCAGAGAAAGGCUGCCUACUUUGUUUUUAUUUGUCAUGCUUUAUGAUUGGUUGUAUCAGCAGGUGCUUUUUAAACAAGUUUUUAUUGCUUUCUACUCUUACCAGCUCAAGAAAAGAUUGUAACACUACAGCUACUAACUUUCUACUGAGGCAAUCGGAGAUUCUUUUUCAUCUGAUUUAAGACAUUUACUUGAAUAUCUAUAUACUGACCACCUCUUCUUCUUCCUCCUCUUCGCAAUACUGUUUUCUUCUGUUUUAUUUGCAUUCUUCCAUAUUCUUCAAUGCAGUCGUCAACCAUCAAAUGUUAACAUGUGUUAGGCGUUCCUACCUUUGUUUUAAAGAGACAGUACUUUAGAUCCUAAUCUUAUUUUCUGUUGUGACAGACUUGAUUUCAGUUCCUAUUUCUAUGUGGAUGACAGAAAAAUAUUCACUUCUGUUUUUUACAGUGCAGAGAAGAUAUGAGUGUGCAGUUCUAUCUGCUUGUAACAUUUCAUGUAUUUCACACAACUGAGUUAAAUUAAUUUUACAUCAAUAUAAGAGCAUAACUCGGAGAUUGUUGGAAAAUAAAUUCAACACUACCGCAGUUUUUUCCUAUUUAUGUUUAAACUGCAUCCUUGGAAUUAUGGAUUUAUUAUUUGUGUAAUAUGAUGUGAUUCCCUCUCUACCCCCAAUAUUUUCUUAAGUAAAUAUUUGUAUGGAGAUUUUCUACACUGGAUAUGAAAUGUAAUUGAAUAUUCCCUUUGUUUCUGCUGGGUCAUUUUAUAAUAUUUGGUUUGCACAGUCAGAGAUUUCUGACUGUUUGGGUGUGAGAACAGAUUGGUGCUUUUGAAUAUUUAAAAUUAAUUGAUAUUGUCUUGCAUUUGUUGCACUAAUUAUAAAAAAUAAUACUGUGAAGUUAAUAAAAAUAAACUUUAUUUUGA